AUGUCACUCGCACACAGCGGCUCAGGUGUUUGCCACAUCAAGUCGGAAGUGGCUGCUGGCUGGUUUCGCAUUGCCGCUGUCGACCUCGCGUCGCACUCGCUCGUGCCUGCAGACCGGAACAGCCUCGACCGACGUGCUGUCGAGUUUGACUUUGCUUCCAAUGCAUUCAUCUCGGUUAUCUUUGCCAUCAAGCAGCGCAACACGGACGCACUCGCCUCCACGCUCAAGGCGCCCGCCAGCGAGGACUAUGGCACAUUUGUCGACGGCGAGCCAGAUGCUGUCAACAACGUUGUCACCUCGCUCAUCCUCCGAAACGUCGCCUACCGCAUGCCGGCUGCCAACGACUAUGUCAUUGUGGACAAGAUGCCUCUCGCAGUCGCAUCAGAGCUCUUCAUGUGCAAUUCCACGUCCCGCGUGGCUCCCAGACAGCCCCCGGUAUGGCUGCGUCCAACUUCACCAAAAAGACCGCUGCCCGUGCUGGACAAGAUGCCCAGGGAGGUCGUCCGCGGUCAAGUGCUCGCGUUGCGAAAUGCUGGCCUCUCCUACAACAAGAUCGCCACCCAGCUUCACCUCCCACGUUCUACAGUGAUCAGCAUCACCCAACGUUUCUCGGGAAGGGCGACGACGAGCGACAGCCCCCGCCCCGGUCGCCCCAGCAAGCUCAAGUCAUUUCACCGCAACAACAUUGUAGCACAGAUCCUCCUCGAUGAGUCCGACACCGCACCCGAAGUGGCCGCCACUAUGCGCACAUUGUCCAAACAUUGGACCGUCGAUGACUGGCUGAGGGUCGUCUUCUCCGACGAGACUGCUCUCUAUCUCUACAGGAACAACAACGGUGGUCGUGUAUGGCGUCUGGUUGGCGAAACGUUGACCGAUCGAUGCGUGCAGGGCACGGUCAAGUUCGGCGGUGGCCAUAUCAAUGUUUGGGGCGCCAUCUCUCGUUUCGGAAUUUCGCUUUUCUGCGAGGUCGGCGACGUCAUGAACGGCGACACCUACCUCUCAGUUUUGGAGAGCGAGUUGCUAGCAAGCAUUCGCGUGUGGAACAACAAAAACGAGAUGAUUUUCAUGCACGACAAUGCCCCUUGUCACAAAAGAAAAGAUGUGGCGAAGUGGUUCGAAACCAAUCAGAUCACCGUCCUGGACUGGCCUGCGAACUCUCCCGACCUCAACCCCAUCGAAAAUGCGUGGAACAUGGUCAAGAACAAGAUCUACCAGGAGAGGGAGAUCAAGAGCAAGGCCGCGUUGUGGGAACGCUUCCAAGCGGUCUACGAAGAAGUGCUCACGCCAGAGGUCUGCCGCGAUCUCAUUUCAUCGAUGCCGCGCCGCAUUCAAGCUGUGAUAGAUGCCAAUGGUGGUUAUACCAAGUACUGA